UAAUGUAUUCAAUUCUAUUAUCAUAUUAGAUUAUUGCUGUAUUAGUAUUUAGUAUUUUAGUACUUAUUUGUGUUUUUUUUCCAUCCAUCAUAAUAGAUUCACACCUGCGCUACCUGGGCUUCCUGUCUGUCAAGAUGACCCUAAAAUCCGAGAACACUGGAGUCCAAUCCAAUACUUUUCGCAGUACAUCGACGACAAAAUCUUUGAAGAUUUGGCAGCUUUUACAAAUCAAAGACAGCUGCAAACUACAGGAGUGUCAUUAAAUACUACUGCUCAAGAAAUCAAGAUUUUCUUUGGCAUAUCAGUACACAUGGCCUGCCUUGGCUAUCCCAGAGUUAAAAUGUUUUGGGCUAAAAAAACUAAAGUGCCAGUUAUUAGCAGGAAAAUGACAAGGGAUAGGUUCUACAAGCUGAGAAGCUCACUCAAGAUUGUUGAUGAUCUGGAUGUAACAGAAGAGACAAAGGAGUCAGACAUUCUUUGGAGAGUCAGACCAUUGCUUGACCGUGUGAGGCAAGGUUGUCUCAGACUUCCAAGGUAUAACAAGGUCUGCAUUGAUGAGCAAAUCAUCCCUUUCACAGGCCGCUGUCCAGUCAGGCAAUAUGUCCCAGGCAAGCCAAACCCUACUGGCCUAAAGGUCUUUGUCCUUGCCUCUCCAAAUGGUCUGGUGCUGGAUUUUGAGGUGUAUCAAGGGAAGAAUACGUUCAGGGGCCAAAGGUUGGGAGUUGGAGCUGCAGCAGUCUUGCGAUUGGUUGAAUCUCUUCCCACAGGAACCUGUGUAUUCUUUGAUCGAUACUUCACAACAAUCAAUCUCAUGGAUGCUUUGCUUGCAAAGGGUCUUCCAGCAACUGGAACAAUAAUGAGGAACCGAGUACCAAAGCCAUGCCAGCUACCAGGAGAUAAGCAGUUGCGAAAAGAAGGGAGAGGAGCAUCAGUGACGGUGGUCCGGAGGAGGCCUGAGCUGGCAAUCACUAAAUGGUUUGACAAUAAACCAGUGUUGAUGGCUUCCACUGUGUAUGGGAAAGAUCCAGAAGAUAUCUGUAGCAGAUGGUCCAACAAAGAAAAGGCUCAUGUCCAGGUGCGACGACCAGCAGUGAUCAGAGAAUACAAUGACAACAUGGGUGGCGUAGACCUGUGUGACCGAAUGCUGAGCUUUUAUCGCAUGUCAACCAGGACCAAGAAAUGGACAUCACGUGUGAUCGCUCAUUUCUUUGAUGUUGCCAUUACAAACGCUUGGAUCCAAUACAAGUCUGACAGUAAAGCGAUUAAUCGAUCACCUAAGAACACCCAACAGUAUCUGGACUUCAAAUUGCACCUGGCUGAAGAGCUGUUGGAUAGUGCUUCAUUUGAUGACAGCAGUGAAGACAGUGAAGAAGAGUAUCAGCCACCAACCAAAACAAGGAUCCCUCAACCAGAGCCCUCUGUACGCAGACUAGGGGCCAGGUACAUGCCAGAGAUGGUGGAUAUCAAGCAUGCAGAAAGAUGCAGGAAUAAGGGCUGCAAUGGCAAGACAUACAUGAGGUGUACCAAAUGCAAGAUGUUUCUCUGCAUCACCAAAAGGAAAACGUGCUUCCAGGAUUAUCACCGCUAAAAUAUCCAAAAGAAGAACUGUAGAACUGCUUACGUUCAAUGUUAAACUAAAUACACAGGCAACUAUUGUCCGUGCAAGCAGUAAGCAACAGAAAACAACCAAGAGUGAUAAAGAAUUUAGUUUUUUGAUCAAAUUAAAUUUAUUCUUUUGUUAAUAUCACUCUAAAUACAUAAUCUGCUCAUUUUCUAAAUUCAGUUGUAUUUUCACACUAAAAUCAUCCUGUUGUCCACUACAGUGGACAUGCUGUGAAAUUAAAAAUAAAAAUAUGUUUAAAAAAAUUUUAAUUGUAAGGUGUUUUUUUAGGCACAAAUAGAUAGGAAAUCACACAAAAAAAGAAAUUGA